CUGUGGCGUGAAGCCCUGGGGGACUUGGCAGUGCCUGGAGGGUGGGGACAAGGCCACAGGCCCACCAUCAUCACCAUGCUGGGGAUCCUCGUGGUGCUCUGCCUCAUCCCUGCUGCAGAUGUAACAGAAAACAAGAUUCUAGUGGCUCAGAGUCCUUUGCUCAUUGUAGCUAAUAGGACGGCAACUCUAGUCUGCAACUACACAUAUAACGGAACAGGGAAGGAAUUUCGAGCAUCACUGCACAAAGGAACAGACAGUUCAGUUGAAGUCUGCUUUAUUUCAUGGAACAUGACCAAAAGUAACAGUAAUUCAAAUAAAGAAUUCAACUGUUGGGGAAAUCAUGAUAAGGACAAAGUAAUCUUCAAUCUUCGGAAUAUGACUGCCAGCCAAACUGACAUCUACUUCUGCAAAAUUGAGGCCAUGUAUCCGCCUCCAUAUGUCUAUAAUGAGAAGAGCAACGGGACUGUCAUUCAUGUGAGAGAGACACCCAUCCAGACACAAGAACCCGAGUCUGCAACUUCGUACUGGGUUAUGGUGGCAGUGACAGGACUUCUUGGUUUCUACAGUAUGCUUAUAACUGCAGUCUUUAUAAUCUACCGGCAAAAAUCCAAGAGGAACAGGUACCGUCAGAGUGACUACAUGAAUAUGACCCCCCGGCAUCCACCUCACCAAAAGAACAAGGGCUACCCAUCCUAUGCACCAACACGAGACUACACUGCGUAUCGCUCCUGGCAGCCAUGAUACCCACCAGCAUAACACCACUAUCCUCAUGUGCUUCUAGGCAGUCACCUGCUCUUGGAAUGGAAGGACAGCCUGUCAUUUCCUCAUCGUGUUUGUUACAAUUGACCAUGGAUACCUACACCACAGCAAGUAUUGGCUAAACUUCACUAUUCAAAGAUAAAAGAUAAACAUAAAAAGGGGGGAAAAAGACAAAAAAGGAUUGUUUUCCAUGAUGGCUGAAAACGUGGUGUAACUUGUUUUGAGGUUUGUCAGUGGGUAAGAAAGAAGGAUGGCACUGGACCUCAGAGCAGGUCUCCUCCUAACGUGUGUGGGUUUUUUUGAGCUGCUUGAGGAACCUGAACCAGAACCACAACUUCUGACCUUUCCCAACAACCACUGCCUUAGCCUUAGCCUGUUAUUUCUUUUCCUGCAUGUUUAAUCCUCCAAAAACACUGUUGCUGUGAAAUAAGAAAAAAUGAAAAAAAAACCUAAACAAAAUGCUUCCCUCUGAGCCCAGAGCAGAGUUUGAGAUUUGAGACAAAUGUUCAAAAGAGUUGGAAAAGUCAGUCAGAACGUAGCUGAGCAAUUAGGCUAUAGCACAAGUGGGCUGUCAGGGCAAAGCAAGAUUGAAAGAAAGCUACUUAAGCAUUCAGCAUGUGAGUCCUUAGAUUGUUCACUUUUGGUUUGUAAAGAGCAUUUGAAGUCAUAACUGAGCUACUCCACAGAGUGAGAAACCAAUCCACCUGAAGAAGAAAUCAAGACAAGUUGGACUGUGAGAAAGAUUUGCCGUGACCACAAAAAACCCCAGUUCCUAUGCUUGCCUACAGCAAGAUGAUUGAAGUCAUAUGGUGAGCAUUAGAUGACACCAAUGUCAUAUUUGGAGCAGAGCUUUACCUCAUUUAUGAAUUUUUGUUUCUAUCAAUAAGGCACUUUGUUGAGUCCUCCUGAAUAUUCAUCCACUUCUUCUGGCACCUAUGUUGUACCAGAGCUCCUUUGAGAAUCAGAGUUCAGUUAUGAGCAGCUAAAGACCACCUGAACCUUUUUUCCCAUAAGCAAGCAGUGUUUUUGGUGUGAGAGUGUCCUCAGGUCCUACCACUGUGACCAGCGCCCACGUCUGCUCAUUUGCUUGCCGGGACUGCUCUAGGCACUUUGAACUUCGUGCUCACUGAAGGUUAUUUUUUAUCUAAAUAUGUUCUUCAGGGAUGCUCCCUACUGGAGUAGGGUAAAGUCUUCAACAAAGGCCUGUAUCAUUCCAUUAAUUAAGCAUGUUUACAUUAACAAGGCAUCCUAAACUGUAACUGGGGUUGUUUUAGCAUAAGAUUCUUUUUCAUACAGAGAAGAUGAGAUGUAUUUUAUAGGGAUUACUGAAUAAACAAUUAAAUGAAAAUUACAUCCAUACUUCCACUUAGAAAUAAAAUUGGGAUUGUUCAACAUUUACUUUCCUCCAAAUCAAGAUGAGAACAUUCUUCCUCUCUUUGAGGGGAGAUGACAAAAAAAUAGAGAUGUGGAAGUGUGGCAACAACUCGCUUUGAUGUCUUAACCCAAGUAAAGCUUUAGGCACUUCCAAAUUGGAAGUUUUAUUUGAGUUUGCUGACCAGGCCCUGGGCCAUUCCUGCAGAGUCACAUUACCACAAACUGUGCUCCUAGCAGAUGCUGUGGUCAGGUGCUUGCUGUCCCCAACUGGGUGAACUCUGCCAAGGAGGCCCUGGGUGACACCACAGGCUGUAUGGCUGGCCUUGGCAUCACCAAAGGCCUUCCCAGAAGAGCCAUGCUUGGCCAGCCAUGCAGCUCAUGGUGGCGCUGGUAAGAGAGGCUUAGAUGCCCACUGCCAGCAGCAGUGCUGAGUGUCUGGUACAGGACCGCUGUCUCAGACCCAGCAGGCUCUGAGACUGCCCCUCCCUAUGGCUUUGCACUGCAGCCGUGUCAGUAAGGAGCAUGUGCAAGGGCGGAGGGGAAGCAGCCAAGCAGAACCCACACAAGACCCUACACAGUCCUGGAUUGACCCUCCUCAGUAGCCCUGGCAGCAGGAUGCCAGCGCCUCGCCACAUCCCUUCAUGCUCUUUGCAGGGAGCUGCAGGCAGGCACAGCCCUCUGCCAGGGCACAGCUUUAUCUUGCCUGGCUCAACACUAUCCACAGCACCCCUGUUGUGUAAUGCAACAUUAACAAGUGCUCAGAUUGUGAUGCAGUGUGAAAAAUCACAUCUUCCAGUGCAAAUGUAAGGUGAGAUUGCGCAUGUACACUGAAAACGUAAGUGAGGGUCAAUGAUCUUCAUUUAAUCUGGGUAUGUAUAUUUUUACAUGCAGAUGUGUCAGAUCUACAUUCCUUAGAGUUUUAUUAUAUAUUUUGCAGUCUCCCUUUAAAAUUAUUAAGUGAA